AUCGGUACAUUAUCCCCCACAGUAGUCGGCAUUGCUUCAUUUUGAAUCUCAGAGUUGUCAAAGAACUGUCAUUAUCUUCAUUAUCUAGAUGGCAAAAUAAACAGUGACUUAUCUCCCUUCAACAGGGAAAUCUUCCUUCUUCAACGUCAGAGGAAAUUAUUGGUGAAUCUUUCUAAGGAAAAAAGAUGGGUGUUCAAGGGUUAUUAUCCUACUGUCUCAAGAACCAAAAACAAUGCUGCACUUUUGUUGACCUUGUUGAAGUUGCAUGUGAGCAAAAAGGAAUUGAAAUACUGGUUGAUUAUUACUGUUUUGCAAAUUGGGUUUAUGAAAAGUUUAUAACAAAUCUUACAAACAAAAAUAAAAACAGAUAUCUAUUACUUUAUGGUGGGGAAUAUUCCUCUUUGUCCCUCUAUGUAACUGCUCUGAUAAAGAAUUUACAGUCUGUGGAUAUCCAUCUAACAUUUUUAGUUGAUGGUGCAAGAGGCUCAUGCAAGGAAACCACUAAGAGGAGAUUAAACACAUGGUUAUCUCGUUCUCAAAAUGAUAUGAGGAAGAUUAAAAAUAUGUUAUCUGUAUUUUACAAUGAAAUCAGCAUUGAAGACUUGUCAUGUGAUGACAUUGUAAGGCCUGUUCUUCGUGAUGUAAUUUUCAAUUCUGCUCUGACAGAAUGUGGUUGUAAAAUAGUGAAUUGCUCAGGUGAAGCUGAUGACAUGAUAGUCAAGCAGCUGUUGGAUAGCAAAGCAUUUGCGAUUUUCAGUUAUGAUUCUGAUUUCUGCCUUUUUAAAGACUGUUGUUUUAUUCCACCAAAAUUGUUUGAUAUUCACAAUGACAUGGAGCUAGAAUAUUGUGAAGAGUUUCCGAAAAAACCUUUACAUCUUCAAACUGGACUGAUAAAUAAUGAAAGAGUCAGUCAUAUGUUUGGCUUGUCUCCAAAUGAAUUGAUUGAGCUGGCUAUUGUAUGCGGCAAUGAUCUAACAUCACAUCAUAUGAGGUACAAUCAAAAGUUAUUGUAUAAGCUGGAUAUCAGAGAGAAAAAAAACCAACUCGAAAAUAUUGUUGCUUGGGUGAAGUCAUAUAAAAGGAUUGAAAAUCACCCCCUCUUGGAUAAAGAGAUGAGAAAUAACAGCGAGUUUGCCGUUGCAGUCCAGCAGUCUAGAAGUUUCUAUAAACUGGAACUGGUUCAAGAUUAUGAUGACAACAACAAAGGGUCUUUGACUGAAUUAGUAACUGAAAGACUCAAGACAAAAACUCUUCAUCCUAAAAUGUUAGGUGCACAUCAUGGAAUGUACUGGCAGAAGGUUCUUUUUGAAGAUUUAUAUAAUUAUUGGCCUGGGAUUGAAACAUUACUCUCGAAACUAAGGUCUUGUAUUUAUCAAAUAUUACUGCCAUUGAAUGAAAUGGCUGUUAUAGACUAUGGCUGGGAUCAGUCUUUAACUAUUAUGCCACACUCUGUUUCAGUUGCGAAAUGGAAAUGGUUGCCCCGAUUUGAAGAUAUAAAGAAAGAAAAUAUUUCAUCUAAUUUGAAGAUUUUUCAUAAAAUAAUAACCCAACAAGAACCAGGCUGGAGAACACAAGAUUGGCCGCGUAAUUACUUUAUACGAUAUGGUCGACAUAAUGGGUUCAUCUUUUACUGUCUACGGUAUUUUCUCCUUCUCAAUUGGCAGCACAACUUGUUUAUAACUGAAAGAGAGUUCAUAACUUUGACAUGCCUUCUUUUUACACACAAAGAAGAAAAACAGUACCAACAUUAUCCAAUAACUCCACAUUCACGAUGUGUCACCAUUAAUAAUUGGAUACAGGAUAUUUUCCAUCAUGCCUAUGGAUACCUUGGAACGUUGCUCUUUCUAACAGAAGAAUUUCCUAAACCUGCUAGUCUCUUUUCUGGCUCCACUUGGGUUGUUUAUUAUUGGUGUUUCUGUUUAGAAAGCUCCCCUGCACAAUUAAACAGGGAACAGCGCAUGCUUUUUGAUGAAACAAGACACAAAUUGAAUGACAUCAUUUAUGAGAAGCGUCACAUGAUCAAGUGUCUGGUGGAUGGUGUUUUCCCAUUUGAAGAUUGACAAUAUUUGGUCAUCAAUGACUAGUCCACUUGUUUUUUAACUUUAAUAGGGUUCGGUUUUUCUUGGGGUGAGUUGAAGGCUCAUAAAGAUAAUGCUCUGUUGUCAUCAUCAUCA